GGAUAACUCUUCCCUUUUCCUUUUCUCUCUACUAUAAUCAAGAUAGAAGCAGGAAGGGUCGGCCACCGUCUUCUGACAGGAGGAAACUGAUCUCCGCGUCGGGCCUUUCAAUUCCCCGCGUUUUCUUCUUCUAGGGUUUCGAAAGGCAUUUUUCUUUCUCAAUCGAGCACUUACGGUCUUCGCCAUUAUUUGCUCUAGUUUCGUUCUCUUCUGGAAGUUUGGGCUUUUUCCGUUCCAUCAGUUUUUGAGGAAUUCUGACGGACGAUAAGGAUUUCAAUCAUGGAAACAUCCGGCGGAGAUUUCGAUCCUUAUCGAAGCUCGGUCGCUUCUGGUUCCGUUGGGAAUGGCAGCAGCUCGAGGAGUUACACGAUGCAGCUUUCGACUUCGAGCUUCAUUCAGGCGCCGCUUGCUGCUCUUCUGGAGUUCUCUGGAGUACUGCGACCGCGAUCGAGCAGUCGUUGGGAGAGCGAGAACUUCCCUGCUGGUGAACCCGGUGCGGAACAUGCUUCCGGCCGGCGGGAGUUGUCUUCAAGCUCGAGUGGAGGCGGUCAUGGGGAGGUAUUGAUAAGGAUUAUCGCCGCAGGUGAUCAUGAUGGCGUUAGGGCUGUUGGGCAGGGGCCGGUUCCGCCAUCUGCGAGAGUGAGGAACACUGGUGAGAAUAGUUUGCAUGUCGAGGAGAUUCCUACGGCGUCCGAUGCUAGUAGGUUGGGAGAACAUGGUGGGAAUGACUAUCGGGCUGGGGAGCUCGGUGGAUCACCGGCCUCUCAGCUGCCAUCUGUGCCACCCGCUACGCAGAGCUUAGAUGGUGACGCAAACCUGGGGGGAGCAAACGGCAGCGAAUCAUCUUACCAGAGAUUUGAUAUCCAGCAGCUUGCCAAAUGGGCUGAGCAGAUACUACCAUUCUCGCUACUUUUGUUGGUAGUGUUCAUUCGACAGCAUUUGCAAGGGUUCUUUGUCACUAUAUGGAUAGCAGCCGUGAUGUUCAAAUCAAAUGACAUAUUACGGAAGCAAACUGCUUUAAAGGUGUAGUAAAUUUUGCUAAAUCACACAUUCAAAACUUUUGAUAAUGGCUACAUGCGUUGAGGUUUUCUCUAUGUUUUGCCAUUUUUGCUGGAAAACACUUUGAAUAUAAUUGAUCUGCAGUUAACAUCAAAUUCAUUGUUUAACUAGAAUGUAGAAUGGAUGGCAAAGAAGGAUUGUGAACUUCACCUAAAUAGUUGAAAUGAAGCUAAUGA